AUGCCUUCCGUUACACUACCCACCAUUGCUGUUUCUGAGAGCUCGAAGGCUUCCAAGAGUAGUAUCCCGGUUGUCACUGUCCAACAAUCUGGCAAACGGGACAUCAUUAUAUUUUCUGAUUUUGAUGGUACUAUAUUCAUGCAAGAUACUGGACAUGUCCUCUUCGACCACCAUGGAUGUGGUUUGGCCCGGAGAGAACAGCUCGACGAAGAGAUCAGGACCGGUGCUCGAUCAUUCCGUGCUGUUUCAGAAGACAUGUGGGCUAGUCUUAAUGUCCCCUUCGAAGACGGUUUCACAAUCAUGAAGCAAAAGCUUGAGAUUGACCCGGAUUUCGACGAGUUCCACAAGUAUUGCAUUUCGAAUGGUAUUCCAUUCAACGUCAUCUCAGCUGGUCUGAAGCCCAUCUUAAGAAAGGUUCUUGAUGUCUUUUUGGGAGAAACACAGUCUGCGCACAUCGAUAUCGUAGCCAACGAUGCACAGAUUUCUCCCGAUGGUAGCGAAUGGAAGCCUAUCUGGCGUCACGAUAACGAACUCGGUCACGAUAAGGCUGCCUCACUUCAAGAAUACAAGGCAAUCGCUUCCUCAGAGAGUGAAGACGGUUCCGUUCCACUGAUCGUUUUCGUCGGCGACGGUGUUUCGGAUCUCCCAGCUGCCCGUGAGGCCGAUGUGCUAUUCGCUCGUCGUGGCCUCAGGCUCGAGGAAUACUGCAUCGAGAAUAAAAUUUCUUAUUUCCCCUUCGAUACUUUCGCCGAAAUUCAAACUGAGUUGGCGAGGUUGGUCCAAGAAGACCAAGAAAUCACACACGGAUCAGGAAAACCAGUCCAGUACAACCCAAGAGCCAACUUUUGGCGCCGAGCAUCCAGCAAGAAGGCUGUGCCGACUUUGAGCUCCAUCCAGGCGACAACCCCCGCUACUGGCAAUACCUUUCUCCCUGAGACUUAUGCCCCCCAGGCAACAUUGGUCUCUUAA